AUUGUAGACUGUGAUGUUUUCGCGACUAUCACGUGCAGCGGGGUGUGCACGUCCGCUCUGCGCCUCACUUCAGUCCCUGAGCCUGCGCCUAUCAGUCAGCGGCACAUCAACGCUCUUACCAUAGCGCAAUCGUGCAAGUAAACAAGUUGAGACGAUUUCGACCAAGAUCUUGUCAACCAUACUUCAUUACCAGAAUACAUUCAACGUUCACAUCCAAACAUAAUUGCCCAACAUGGACAAGUUCUUCGCCCUCACAAACCAGGUCUCAUCUGUUAUGACGCCGUUCGCGGCACGUAAUCAGCAAUGGAUUCGGGAACAGACUGGCAAUGCUACGGAGAAGACGGAAUUGCCUCACGAAUACAGCGAGCUUGAAGUUCGAAUCGAUGCGCUCAAGACCACACACCAGAAGCUGCUUGCAGCGACCAGCCAAUAUACCAAUGAGGCAUAUGACUACCCACCCAACAUUCGCGAAAGCUUCAACGAUCUCGGCAAGAGCAUUAGCGAGAAGGUAAACUUGCUAUCAAAGGCUUCGAGUGCCAGCGAGGCGCAAGCCGCAUUCACGGCGCCUCCAUCCGCAAAGCCGCAACCCAAGACUUUCAGUCACGCGAUCGCGCGCGCCUCACUCACUGGCUCUCGCGACAUCGCCGUCGCCACACCCCAGGGUUCAACCGUACCCGACCCGCUCGCACAGGGUCUCGAGAAAUUCGCGAUCGCAGAAGAGAAGGUUGGCGAGGCGCGAUUAGAUCAAGAUGAGAAGAUCCAGAACAAAUUCCUGGCGGGCUGGAGCGCCACUCUUAACCAGAGCAUAAAGGCCGCCGACAAAGCGCGCGCAGCAGUGCAGAAUGCCCGCCUGCAACUUGACGCUGCAAAGAGCCGCGCGGCUGCUGGAGGUCGACACGAGGAAAGCUACACUGAGGCCCAGAGGCGCGCGAUCGAGUCCGCUGAGGAUCUUUUUGUGGAGAAGGUUGACGAGGCCACGAGCAUCAUGCGUAAUGUGUUGGACACCCCUGAGCCGCUGCGCAACCUCUCUGAGCUUAUCAAGGCACAGGCAGAGUACCACGCUCGCGCCGCCGAGAUCCUCGAGGACGUCAGCAAGAGCAUCAGCGAUCUUCAGAUGGAGCAGGAGACUGAGUACCGCAAGUCGCGAGAUGGACAGUAGAUGCGGGAUAGUUGGUCGUAUCUCUCUUUGUGAUGUUCAGUUUGCGCUAUUCAAGGCGAUUUGGUCUUCUGCGAGGGCCCCGUUCGCAUAAUGGAUAGUUUGGCGGGAAUGGUCA